AAUAUUCAUGGCAUGACAAACAUAGCAGUCGAGAUGGAGGAGCCCUUUACGAAUGACAGAGAAUCGUUUCAGCGGUUCCUGGCAGCAUUUUGUAAACGCAUCAACGACAAUGAAGACGAUAGUGACUUUUUACCAUUUAGACCUCCCAACCGUCAUUUAACACUAGAGGAAUUACAAGGGGAAUGUUUUGAUUGGAGUUUGCGUUACUUGGGAUUACAAAAAUGCCCUCCCACACUAGCGGCAGCUAUCACAAGAGAGGUAUAUGAACAGGCCAAGAAGAUUGACUUCAGAGAGUUUGAAGAGAGACCUGAAGGCUCUAAUGAAGUGGAAGCCAAGGAGGAGAACUCCAGUAAUGAAAUCCAGCGCCCAGAAUCUGUACUGGAUGCCUCCACACUGAUGGAACACAUCAUCGAUAUGGUGGAUGAGGUGUGCCAAAAGUGGAACAAAGACUUGCCAGUAAUACCCAUUCCAGCUCAGGUUCAUGAGUGCUACCACUAUGAAAUCAAGAAUACUCGAAGAAAAAUGGAGGACAAGCAUGUGAUGCUCCAAGACAUGAAUACCUUAUUUGAUCUCAAGGAUUAUCCCCAGCAGUCCUACUACAGUGUGUUUGAUGGCCAUGCUGGUAUUGAAGCAGCUGUAUAUGCCGCCAAUCACUUACAUAUACAUCUGCCGACCUGUGAGAAGUUCUCCAGUGAUCCAGAAGCUGCCCUCAAGUGUUCCUACAAAGCCACAGAUGAUUACUUCAUUAGAAAAGCACAAAGAGAGGGAAUAAAGAGUGGCUGUACGGGAGUGACUGUGUUUAUUAGGGAUAAGAUGCUCUAUCUGGCCUGGCUGGGAGACUCGCAGGCCUGUCUUGUCCGAGACGGCCAUGCGCUGAGUAUCAUGAACCCGCACAAACCAGAGAGACAGGACGAGAGAGCUAGGAUUGAACGCUUAGGAGGGUUUGUUCUUUGUGUCAGGGGCAUUUGGAGGGUCAAUGCCAUUUUGUCUGUUGCGCGAGCUCUAGGUGACUUGAACCAGAAGAAAUUUAUCUGCAGUGAUGCAGACACAACGGUCAUUGAGUUGGAGGGUACAGAGGAUUACAUCGUCUUGGCCUGUGAUGGAAUGUGGGACGGAAUAACACAGGAAGACCUCCCUAGAAUUGUGUACAACUAUCUGCAGAAAACUAAUGGAGACAAGUCUGGGGUAGCUCAGAUGCUGGUAGAACUCGCAAAAGAAAACGGGUCCACAGACAAUAUUACUGUAGUGAUAGUAUUUCUCAGGGAUAAAAUAGCAGAGCCAGUUAUCACACCAGUUUUUUCAUUUGAUAAAGUGUCCAACUCUCAGGGAGAUGAUGAAGCGGAUCGUGUAGAUGGCAAAGAAGACUGCAAUGACUCUUCCGGGAAGAGGAAUAACUCUGAAAAUUCCUCUCCCAAUGGAAACACAGAGAUUGAUGUCAACCAGCAAAAGGAUGCAGUGGAUGAAAGUGAAGAACAUCAACAGGAAACUCAGGAUAAAGAUAACUCAGUGAAACCAGAAAAUACUCCUGCACUUCCAACAGAUCUUGUACUUAAGAAAGAACCUGUUUUUAUCAUAGAAGACAUUGUGCAUCAAACUGUAGAUGAUCCUAUUGCAGAAAAUAAACCCAGGAGUCCUUCCCCUAGUCCUGUGUGUACAGAAACAGAAGAUGAUAAACCUGUAGUCUUUUCUAUUUCCAAGGCGGUGACUCCCACAGAGACUGUUGCAUCUUCUGUUUCCAGUGUUCAGAAAACAGGUAAAAGUUUACCAGAUGGAAUUGGAUUGUCUGCUUUCUUGUCUUACUUGCCAAAUCAGGGAAGUACUAUAUCUGAGUUUACAUAUGGAUUACAGUCCAACAGCAAGCCCGGUUCUGUACCAAAAUCACUAGGUCCCUUACUGGAAGAUUUGCCAAUAGUUUCUAAUUAUGUUAUUCAGGAGGAAUUGUAUAAAAAGAAAGAGUUAGGAAAGAAAAAACCAAAAAGAAAUAAAAAUCCAAAAAGUCGGGAACAGAAUCGCGAUGGUCAUUAUGUUGUCCCAAGAAGAGGCAAAAAAAAAGUUGAUGGAACUGCCCCAGUAGUGUGGGCCUUUGCUGGAAAGAACACAGCCUCUGUUCGAAAUCAUAGGCUGACCUCUCUCAGAAAUUCCCAGAACUCCUCACGAGUAAUCUUGUCCAAUAUCCUGAAUAAUGGCGCAGUUGAUCCAAGCAUUCCGUCACAAACUAGUUCAGACCUUAAGUUCCUAGAAAAAAUUUCAAAAUCAAAGCAUUUCAUUGAGUCUGAGCAGCAGGGCUCAGAAGAUUUUCCAAUGCCUCAUAAUAUUUUUGACUAUCCUCUGUCCACCUUUACAGCCUCUUCCAAUUUGAAAAUUAAACCUACCUCAUCCAACAAGUCCAGAUCAUCUCAAGCCACUCAGUUCAAGACUGAUCCGAAAACUGUUCCCCCGUUUCAUCAAUCAUGGCGUCCUCGAAAACUGUCCAAAAUAAACGCAUCAUCUGUCCUUACUGAACCCCCACCCACUCCUUUCUCCAACGUCAAGAUUCAUCCCUCAUCAGAUUGUCCCGAUUAAACCAAAUUAUUUUUACUUGGUUAUUCAUCUUAAUCCUUUGUGUAUGCCUACAAUCAGUUUGCAAAGACUAUCAUGAUAUCCUUGAUAGCAAUAAUUUGAUAAUCAGAUUCUUUUUUAAAAAAAGUUUGCUCAGUUGAUUACAUAUAGCAGAAUUGUGUCCCCGAAUUUAUGUUCUUUUUUGUUAGUUAUUGUCUGGACCUGUUUUCAUGGAAUUUGUAGAAUUUUGUCAAUUCUGUGAUAAACAAAUCAUUGAACAUGGAAUCUAAUAAUUUAUAAUCCUCGUUUAUUUUGAUAGUUUACGAGAGGAAAAACAGCAGGUGAUGUGUGUUUUUGUUUAGUUCUUUUGUUUGAUGAGUGCUCUAAUAUGUUUUGUGUCUGUAUUGGCAAUGUCUUCCACUAAUUAAUAAUUUGUGAUUAUGGAAAGGUGUAAAUGGUUUAAUAUUGGUGUGUAGCCAGGCAGCAUUCAAUAGAACCCAAUGAUGAUGGAAACAGUUGGUGCUUUUUCAAUUGUUCAGUACAUGGGCUUUUCAUGAGUAUACUGGUAUUAUCAAUGUUCGAUGUUUUAAUCAGUCAUUUCUCUUAGUUUUCCAGUUUUUAUUUUAUCAUCAAUAAGGCACAUAUUGUCUAAUCUAUAUGAUCUCUCUCAGGCACUACGGUUAAUCCUUACAAUUAUCAUGCAAUUUAUUCUAGUCAUGAGUACUUCUCUGUGUAUUGUAAACCAAGUACAUUGUAUUAUGUGCUAAAGUCUUAUUUUCUGGUUUAUAUUACUUGAUGAAGAAGAACUUAUCAUGUACAAGUAAAUUCCGGGAAUGAGCAGUCUUUUAUUCAUUUCCAAUUAUAUAUACAGUUUGCAGUGAUAAAUAUCUGUGAACAAGGAUUGCCAACAAAUCGUACACAUGUGAUACCAGGUUUACAGUACAUAGAGUAGUACAUGUAUAAAUACAUUGGUAUUGGGAUUAAAUACAGGAACAAGCACUUGUUAAAGAAGUAAACAUAACAUUUGAGUUUUUGUGUAAUUAAUCUCUAACUCAACAAUACAUGUAGUAAAUAUAUGAAGAACUAAUUAAUUGAAUAGUAUAUAGAAGGGCUAAUUUAUUAUGCAAAUUGCAGUUUAAAGUCAAAUAAUUUGAUGCAUGUACCGGUAUGUGAUUUAAAUGGCUCAAGGUUAUUGAUAGAACUUGAAUACAUCGGCAGGUAUAUAAAAGUAGAUAGAUUUUUAGUUAUGUCAACUGAAGUGGAUAUAGGUCAGUAUAGAUAAUCUGUGAAUUAGAUAAGCUGUAGCUGUUUAAUAUGUAAUUAUGUCAAUACUUAUGCAUAUACUGGAGUAUUUGUAGCUCUAUAACCUAACUUCAUUUGUAACUUAUAUUAUGUACCAUUCUGAUGGUGAUGGAUCGUGAAUGAGAGAUUCAAGAAUUUGACUGUAAAAAGCAGACACAUGGAAGUGUAAUUUUGAAAAAUGAAUUAUUUUUAAUAAUGAAAAAAGCAAAUCAUUCGUUAAAAAUUUCAAACCCUGUUUUUUUUAAAAAGAGAAUGAAUGGCAAAUUGAAAAAAAAAAAUCACUUUUUUUUAUAUGUGUACAAAUGCCUCUGAGAGGGCCUUAUUGAAUAUUUUGAAUGCUUUUUUAAAGUCUGUGACUGUUUGAGAUCAUAAUACUGUUUACCAGUAUUUUUAAUUCUGAAUAAUUUUUGUACAUGUCUCUUUAGAUGAUUCUUAAACUGAGAAAACUUAUAGCAUAAUUGUUAUUUUUCCUGUUAUAUGACUAGGUGUGACUUUAAAUUUUAUGGUAAUAAAGUUUUUAUUGCAUUUAUAUCUAAAGAUAUGAUAAUAUACAGAUAUCAAACAGUAAAACUAAAUAUUAAUUUUAAAAAGUGUGGGGGGGGGGGCAAGUAUUUCUUUUUAAUACUUUGCUACAUAGUGAAUAAUUGGUGAAACUAUGAAUUUAAUAAUUCAGCUAUAUUCAGUAUUUUUAUUGAUGAAAAAUGUCUUUGAUAUCAGUCUUUGAAUCAGUUCACUAUUUUAUUUUCUCAUGAAAUUGUCACGAUCCCAUGUCCUCUUUCAAUCAUUAUUUUUAUAUUGAUGUUUAAUGUAUUCAUUAUAUUGUAUAACAAAAACUUGUAUUUUAAAUGGAGAGGGAUAUACCUGUAUAUUGGUCUAUAUAUAUGACAUAUUCCUAAAUAUAGGUCAAUGAAUUUUGGUGCAAAUUUAAAAUCAUUAACUGUUUAAUACUUAGUCAGAAGAUAAAUAAAAUCAGAAAUGAAUGCAUCAUUUGGUGGGUAUCAUAUUUUUAUCCUCUACCCUAGCUUCCCUCG